UCCCUUCUCUCUCUUUGGACGACUCUCUUCUCCUCUCUCUCUCAACGACGCUCUCUUCUCCUCUCUCUCUUAGCGACCCUCUUCUCCUCUCUCUUAGCGACCUUCUUCUCCUCCACGAUGGCGUGAGCUCAGCAGUUGGGACGACGAAGAGGCUUUCAAUCACAGAUCUCCUGACGAUCCUCCAUCUGCUGGUCCUGUGUGUGUCCUCCAUCGAUUUGAGACCAGUUUGGUGAAAGCUUGUUUAAUCCCACCCCUUCUCUGUCUGCUAUGGUUGUUAAUCAUUACAAACUUCGGGGCAUAUUGUUAGUUAUAGCCUAGGUGGGAUGGGUUGUAGUGCUGGUUUGAUCUCAAUGGAUCUUGCUAAAGAUCUUCUUCAAGUCCAUCCCAAUUCGUAUGCUUUAGUAAUUAGCAUGGAAAACAUCACUUUGAAUUGGUAUUUUGGGAAUGAUAGAUCGAUGCUUGUUUCAAAUUGCUUAUUCCGGAUGGGAGGGGCUGCAAUUUUGCUUUCGAACAAGAGGUCUGAUCGACGACGAUCCAAGUAUCAGUUGGUCCACACUGUCAGAACCAAUAAAGGUUCGAACAAUAAAUGUUUUUCCUAUGUUACCCAAAUGGAGGAUUCCACUGGCAAGGUUGGAGUUUCUUUGUCGAAGGAUGUGAUGGCUGUUGCUGGGGAUGCUUUGAAGACCAAUAUCACUACAUUGGGCCCUCUUGUGCAGCCAAUGUCUGAGCAGUUGCUCUUCUUUACUACAUUGGUUGGGAAAAAACUGUUCAAGAUGAAGAUAAAGCCUUAUAUCCCAGAUUUCAAACUGGCGUUUGAGCAUUUUUGCAUUCAUGCUGGAGGAAGAGCUGUGUUGGCUGAAUUGCAGAAAAACUUGCAGCUCUCGGAUUGGCAUAUGGAGCCUUCAAGGAUGACACUCUACUGA